AACAACUGUUGCAUUUUUUUGUUUUUCCUUGAACCGCUAGCAUUUUCUUUCGUAAAUUUAAUUCGUUAACAAAAAGAUAUCGCCAAAGAAAUAGAAUGACAUCCUCAAAUCCACCACAAGACAAGAUGAUCUACAAAUGUCCUAAACAAGCUGCAAUUGUUUCUGAAAAACUCUUGAGUUUCUAUAAAGAAAAUGAAUUAUUUGACACGGUUCUGAUUGUUGGAAGUAAUUGCAUAAAUAUCCAAGCUCAUAGAGUAGUUCUGUGUGCAUUUAGUGAGUAUUUCUUGGAAAAGUUUCGAGGCGGUCAAAAUGCUUUGCAGACAAGUACAUUGCAACUCAAAGAGAUCGAGGCAUCUAAUUUGAAAUUGAUAAUAGAUUUUAUGUACACGGGUUUAAUUGAAUUGAGACUCGCAAAUAUUGAUGGACUCUUGAAAACUGCAUUGUUUUUGAAAAUUAAAACAUUGAUUGAAGGUUGUUACGAGUUAAUUGGACAAAAUAUCAAUUCCAGCAAUUCGUUGACCUUCCUUCGAUUAGCAAAUGAACUGAGUUUAUCCUCACUGAAAGCCAAGUCGCUGGAAUGUAUUUACACUCAUUUCGAGAAAAUUUCAAAGGCAAACGAAUUUCUGUUACUGAAUAAAGAUGAAUUGAAGAAUUUACUUUUUAAUGACAAUCCUCAUAACGAUUUUCAAGAGGUUGUCUUUUUGUCCAUGGUGGACUGGAUAAAUUAUGACAAACUAAAUCGAGCUCACUUUGCCUUUGAGCUCCUUUCAAUGAUUCGUUUUCGAGCUCUUUCACCCAAGUUUAUUUUGGAAAAUAGAAAGUCGGUUUGUAAAACUGUGGAAGACUACGAACUGAUUUGCAGUUGGCUCCAAUGGCAUUUGUCGCCUGAUACACGUUCAAAUUUACAACCAAAUCGCCCUUUGAUUCCAAGAAAAAAGACUGACAAACUUGCAGUAAUAGGACACCAGAAUGGCCGCGAAAUUUGUUUUCAAACUUUUAAUUCCAAAGAAAAUACAUGGUCCAUGGAAAUGAAAAAACUUUCACCGUCGAUACGAUCAAAUUCUUCUACAAUUGUGAUUGAUAAUAAACUGCUUGAAGUUGGAGGAUACCUCAAUGGUAGUAUGACUAAUAGAAUACAAUGUUUAGACAUGGGCACAAUAGAUUGGGUGGAUUUUCCACCAAUGAAUACACCUCGAAUGGAUUGUCAGUUAGCAAAUUUAAAUAGAUAUUUAUGCGUUUUUGGUCUGAAUACCAAUUUUGUGCCAUCUAUGGAAAUUUAUAAUUUUUCCUCAUGCAAAUGGAAUCGUUUACAACCAAUGGGUAAACUUAGUAAAUAUAGCAGAAUAACCGCCCUCAAUGGGAGGUUAUACAUUCUCGAUUUUGAAAAUGGAUUUUUGCAAGUUUAUGAUAUCUCUUCAAAUAAAUGGACUUCCAAAGCUGUUGGAAAAUCUUCACUCCGCAAUUUUGGAUUUGCUGGAACUGAAAGGUUUUUGUAUGUCAUUGGUGGGAAUGAAAAUGGAGAAUAUAUGAAAACGGUUAAACGAUACGAUUUAUCUAAUAAUUCCUGGUGUGAAUUGGCAUCCUUAUCAAGAGGUCUCGAGCACCCAACCACAAAAGUUUUUGGAAAUAAAAUUAUGAUUUGCGAUGGAUGUAAUGUUGAAGAGUAUAAUAUUGAUAUCGAUAAAUGGAAUACAUUGAGUUGUUUACCAGAAGAAGUUAAAUCGAUAAGUGUAUCUAUAUCUAACACUGUUUUUAAUUACAUAAUUAGUUGCUACUAAUACCUACUCAACUUUUUUUUUCUUAUUAUUAUUAUUAUACCUAACUUAUUAUUUUAUGUCUGUAUUAUUAAAAAAAAAAAAAGAAAAAAUGUUUUGUUACGGCAGA